AUGCGCGAGGACUUGGUCGAGAAUGGACUCAAGUUCCUGCAGCACCCGAGCGUUCAGUCGACGCCCCUGUCCGAGCGUGUGUCGUUUCUGGAAGGCAAAGGUAUGACUAAAGAGGAGAUUCAAGCGGCUAUUGACCGCCACCAGAAGAGCGGGGCAGCUGCAGAAGGGACGCAAUUGCCAGAGAAUCCAAUGCACCGCCAAGGAGGAACAGCUCCCGGGAUGAUGACGACGGCAGCUGUGCCAAUGCAGCAGAUGAUGUCGCCCAGUGCCCACUAUCCGGCUUAUGUUCGCGUGCUCUGGACGGUGUCGUCCCUCAUUGGUGCAGCUUCAAUUGUCACGUUCAUUUGGAACUACGCCGUUGGGUUGGGGUAUAUUCCGUGGCUGCGGCCGACGCCAUUGUUGUUGGAGGCAGAAGCAGUGCAGGCGGAAAAAGAGAAAGAAGCCGAGAAAGAUGAAGCGCUUCUGGCUGAGCUGUCGAGUGUAGCAGCAGCUAUCCAAGAGCAGACGAGAGAACUGGCCAAAUUGACAGUGUUGUUGGAUGAGAAGGAGCGUAGUUUACAGAACAAGACGCUGUUGAAUGCCCAUGUUAACAGCACACUACGUGAGCACGGCAACGCGCAGUCGAUUGCUGAGUUAAAGGCUGAGGUAUCGACGCUGAAAGCGUUGUUGCUUGCAAAAAGGACGAAGAGCACCAGUGACUUGGAUACAAAUGUGGACGAAACGAGCGAAGAUACAAGUAGAGAAAGCGUUUUGGCUGCGGAAGCUACCACUCGCUUGACUCCAGUUGUAGACAGACGACAGCAGCAGCAGCAGCCUGCUGUGGUUUCCCAGGCAGUGCGUAAGGCGGAGCUUAUGCAAAACGCGUUGAAAAAGCUUCGAAUGGAGAACUCGCUGGAACAACUCAAGUCGGCAGCGGGCAUUCUUAGUAUGUACGUCAAGAAUCUCGUCGAGAAUCCUGACGUGCCCCGUUAUCGCCGGAUCGCUCCUGGCAACGCGAACUUCAAGCAAAAGAUCGAGCCGCUCAAGCAUCAUGGGGAGCUUCUCAAAUCAAUCGGGUUCGAGACAGUAGGUCUCAAUCUGGAGUGGAAAUGGCACGCGGCGAGCAAAUCGACCGGAGUGUUCGAUGAGAACAUCGCUAUUCUGCGUGCACUGCUGAAGGCUCUUCAGUCGCUUGCGAGUGCGGACGCCUCUUCAAAUCUGUCACUCGAGGAAAUUGCACACGCGAGUCUGGAAGAUUUCUAUGCUCAGCAGGAAAAGAAGAAGACAGAGGCGUCCGCAAUGAACAGUGCGAUUGCAACUAGUGUCGGUGACUCCGACCUUGUCGAGGAGAUAUGCUCGGCGACGCCGACUGAUGGGAUAUCCGGUAGAAACCGCGUGUCGUCAGACUCCACGUCCACGAAUUUCGAUGCGUUCAUGGCACGUCUGGAACAACAGACCUGCGUGAGCAGUACCACCAACAAAGCCGAUGGUCUUGAGGCGGACAAUAUUCCAGUCUCGUCUAGAUCAAAGUCUGAAGGCGGCGACGAGAAGAUGCUUGACUCAGCAACCAGUUCGACUGUAACGGAUAGUGGGCCGUCGUACCCGAAGUCAUUCAAGGACGUGGUGGAUUGCAUUCAGAAGGGCGAGACGGUACCCGGUAUCCGUGACAUUGAGGAAAAGCUGUCUAUAGAUGCGAGUGAGCUGCUGCGAGAUCGAGUGAAGGCUGGUGAGGCGACUGCAUCCAAGCCUUGGGAGACCCUUAGGGCAUAA